AUGGCUCUUAGAACGUUUGAAGUUAAGGGUGAGGUGUGGACUGUUUGUGGAUACAAUGAUGAAGAGGUCGACUUGUCAAAUGUUGGAAAGAAUCAGAGCUGUACUAUAUGUGAGAGCAAUAACGUGAAGGUUAAAAUGCCUGAAAAGAUGGUUUCCUUAUCCCUAAUUGCCUGCAAGAAUGUUGAGGUUUUUGUGAAUUCCUUGAUUUCGGGUAUGGAACUCACAAACUGUCAAAACGUUAAGGUCAGGGUUAAGACAAAUUUGCCCAGCUGUUCAAUUGACAAGUGUCAACAAGUUGGUUUCUGGAUCACCAAGGAGAACGCCUCUACUAUAAUGUUCAGUUCUUGCAAAUCUGGCGAUAUGAAUGUAAACGUUAACAGGAACACUUCAGGGAAUCCUGAAGAGGAUGAUUGGGUUGAGCAGCCUCUUCAUGAACAGUUUGAACAUACUCUUAACGAUAAGCUUAAAGUUGUCACCAAACCGUCUUCUCUUUACGCUUAA